ACAUAAUAAAAAUUGAACUUUGGGAAUAUACGCUAGAGAUCAUGAGUAUUCUUUAAAUGCUUCUUUUUAAGGUUUUUGUGAUUUUUAGAUUUAAGAGUAUUUAAGUCUAUUUAUGUAACUUUUCUGCUAUAUUUGAAAGUUUUUAUAAAAAUUGACAUUUAAGAAAAUAGGGGUUAAAUUUUAGCUAUUUUUUUUUUAUAUAAAAACUCAAUAUAUUGACCGUUGGUUGACCAAACACCCUAACAAAUUGUGAAAAAAGGAAAAGAAAAAGAAAACCAAUAUUUCUAGACUCUUGCAAUUUUAAAGAGCAACCGCGAGGAUUAAUCCCACCCUUUGAGUGUGGGGAAACUUCGUGGUAUUUACCACCAAAAAAAAAAAAAAAAAAAAGACCAACGGCGAGGGAAAGAGAGACAAACACUGGCUAUAACAAAUAAUCAAACCUAAAUCACCCAGUCCAGGGAAAGAACUACGCGGUUAGUGCAUGGUAUAUAAGGCAACCCCACCUCAUGUCCAAAUUGUGGCGGUAGCAAAAGGAGGAAGGAGAAAAAAAGUAUUGGUGAAAAAAAAACAGUCACCAAUCUUUUAACAUGGAGAUGAGUCUGGCGACAAUAAUCUUCACCUUCACCUUCACUUUUUGCACCAUCUUUAUCAUUCCUUGUUCGGAGGCAGCUGAGAAAGGCCAAGGCAACGGCUUGCAUGUUGGAUUUUAUGGAAUCAGAUGUCCCAAUGCGGAGCAAAUUGUGGCUGACGUUGUGUCCAAGGCUGUGGAGGCAGACCAAAAGCUCCCCGCUGCCUUUAUUCGACUCUUUUCCCAUGAUUGCUUUGUCAAGGGGUGCGAUGCCUCAAUUCUGUUGGAUUCGACGCCCUCUCAUGAGCCUGUUGAGAUUCAAUCACCAGCCAAUGUUGGGAUCAAAGGUUUGGAAGUCAUUGAUGAGAUCAAGGCCAGGCUAGAGGCAGAGUGUCCAGAAACCGUCUCUUGCGCUGACAUUUUAGCAUUUGCUGCUCGGGAAGCCGUGGCUCUCGCCGGCCUACCACGUCACAAAGUCCCCGCAGGCCGUCGCGACAGCCGUACUUCCCGCGCUACUGACGUCACCCUUCCUGCUCCUGCGACACCUCUCAACGAGAUCAUAGAGUACUUCAGCAGAAGAGGCAUGACUUCUGACGAAAUUGUUGUCUUGUCUGGUGCACACUCCAUUGGCGCUGUCCACUGCAGCUUCUUUGAUUACAGGCUGUACAAUUACGACCAAACUCAAGCCCAAGACCCUGCCCUGGACCGGUUCUAUGCUGCUAAUCUGUCUCAACAGUGCCCUGCACCCAACACAUUGCCUGAAGCCGAGGCCAAAAACAGGGUUGUUGACUUCGAUCCCAUAACACCACUCGUCCUGGACAACCAAUACUAUGCGAACCUGAUGCAAGGGAAAGCCUUGCUUCAAUCGGAUCAGGCUCUGGUUACUGAUCCUCGCACCAAAGCUAUGGUGAUAAGCAUGGCUGCUAGUGCUGAUUCUUGGACUCAAAGAUUUGUUAGGGCCAUGAUUAAGAUGGGGAGAAUCAAUGUUCUCACUGGAGAGAAUGGAGAGAUAAGGAAAAACUGCCGGGCCUUUAACCCACUAUAGCUACCUAGGAAAUCUCUUUUGUCAUCAAUUGUGGCUUGGCCUGGAGGACGAAGCUUGUUGCAAGUUUACACCAAUUAUUAUAAAUGUCAAAUGAUUUUUGAUUGGUUUUAAUUCUGGAUCAUAAAUAGCCAAGAC